CUGGGGCCCCGGGGAGGGCGGCCGGAGCCGGACGGCUGUGGAGGUCUCGAUGGCACCCUGCUUCCUGCAGACCACGUGGUGCCCCAGCAAGACACAGCAAUGGGGGCACAUGGUCCUGGAGCUUUGGAAGCCCCGGGCUGCAAAAAGAGCCGGUUUCUUUCUGGCGGAACUUCUCAGAGCCUUUGCUAUGCAGGUGACAGCCACGUAGCUUAGGUUGCAGAAGGUGGGCCCCAGUCCACCCCGCUCCCACGUGGCCUCAGGCGAGUGUGACCCUGAGCUCCAGGAGUGUGGUUUUUGCCACAAAAAACUGAGCCAGGUCAUGCUUUCACACGGCGUUCACCCUAGGACGCGCAGCCUUGGGGGUGACCUCGCAGAAAGGCAGAGGAGGUGGCGCCUCCUGUAGCGCUCUGGCCACGCCAUGCCCUUCCCUUCCUAGGUGGCACAGCUGUGGCCAGGCAUUCCCCAGGCCACAGGGGACAGGAGGACAAGACCAUUCCCCCUGGUGGAAGGCUCUGUCCAGGGCUUAAGUUUCCAGAAACUGAGCCCCAUUGUCUGUGGUGCCUGAUGCGGCUCCUGCCCGGCGCCGGCCCCAGAGCCUCGUCCCCAGAGCCACCGGCAGGGCGUGAGGCCACAGUGGCACCAGCUGAUGCCCUCACAGGCGGGAGCAGGCCCUGCCUGUGGGGGUGGGCCGAGUCCCCAGCCCUCGGGCAUGGCCUCAGCAGACUGUGCAGGUGAAGGCAGGGCUGGCCUGCCUCUGGGGUUGUAGAUUUGAUCCCCAAGUGGACCUCCGGUUCAUGCACUUGUCCCCAUCCCAGGAGACAGACCUGUGAGCUUCCUCAUUUUACAGAUGAGAAAACAGGCUCAGAGGAGGCAACCAGCAGCUGGAGCUGCCCCGGCUCACAGGGGGCCAGGCUGGGACUCGAACCCAGCCUGAGUCUGGGUCCCCUCUGUGGAGGGCUGGGUGGCCACCCCCUUGCAUCCCAGCUUCGGGUAGAGAGAGGAGUCCUUGGGGCUGGGCACGUGGGCUGCCUGAAUGGCCGCUCUGUUCCCAGCCUGACAGCUGUGCAGCCGGGUGCCCGCCUUCCCCCACAGGCCCGGAGUGGGGCUUGGGCUUGGGGUGGUGGCAGCUCUCACAGCUCCAGGGCCACCAGGGCUGGGGCAGGCAGCUGUGUCCCACGCAGGCCUUGUCCUCAGCAGCCCAUGGGACUCGGUGUAGCCAGGGAGGCUUCCUGGAGGAGGGGUCCUUGGUUCAUACUUUGUUCCAUGAGCCCUAUUGCCUCUCUGUCCCUGGCUCUGAGCUGGGUGACCCCAGGGUCCCCAAAAGAGCCCCGUCCCAGACCCUGCCUUCAGGUUCUUGUUCUUGGCCAGGGGAGCGGAUAGAGAAGCAGAGGCAGACAUAAACGUUCCUGUUGCUGUGUGUGUCUUGGGGAGGAGGAAGAGAAGCUUUGGGGUGGGGCUUUGGAGGGUGAAAAGGAGUUUUGCAAGCGGCAGGCAGGGCUGUGCUACGCCUGGGGCGGCCCUGGCACGGUGGGCUCCGAGCAUCGCCUCACAGAGAGCUCGGCGGGGCGGAGGGGCUGGCCUGGGUGAGAGCCUCAGAAAGGGUGGCCCAGAGCGGGACGAGGGCUCUCCUGUGUGAUGAGAACGAUGCUACUGCGGGUGCCUGGGAGCAGCUGUAGCCUUGACAGUAACAGGCCAGCCUGGGCCCUGCAUGGACCCGUGGGGCAGGGGGCCUCUCCUCAGACGCCCCCCAGCCACUGCACCCUUCCUUUCCUGCGGGUGGGGAGACUGAGGCCCUUUGGCCAAGACGGGUGGGGGAGCAGAACCAGUGCCUGCCUCCAAUUGGCCUUGUGGCCUCAGGGAACUCAUCCCCUUCCCGAGCCUCUGUUUCUGCAUUUGUAAAAUGGGGCUGGUAGGACCUCCGAGUAAGAAGGCCGGACACAGCGGGGGCGCUCUGGAGAGGCUGUGGCUGGGAUGGGCGUGGGGACCCCCCACUCUGCUCCCAUUGCUACCCUCACAGCCUCUGCAGGGGCUUUGAGCAGCCAGCACCUUCACUCCAGGCUGUUUCCUGAUCUGGCGGGCACGCAGUGCGGUGUGAAAGCAGGCGUGCGCGCACACCCACACCUGCAGGCCCACACGUCUAUACAGUCCACACCUUCACACACACACACCCACACUCACACACACAUCCAUACAGUCCACACCUUCACACACACACACACCCACACACAUCCAUACAGUCCACACCUUCACACACACACACCCACACACACCCACACACAUCCAUACAGUCCACACCUUCACACACACACCCACACACAUCCACACACAUCCAUACAGUCCACACCUUCACACACACACCCACACACACCCACACACAUCCAUACAGUCCACACCUUCACACACACACACCCACACACCCACACACAUCCAUACAGUCCACACCUUCACACACACACCCACACACAUCCAUACAGUCCACACCUUCACACACACACACCCACACUCACACACACAUCCAUACAGUCCACACCUUCACACACACACACACCCACACACAUCCAUACAGUCCACACCUUCACACACACACACACACACACACCCACACACAUCCAUACAGUCCACACCUUCACACACACACACCCACACACCCACACACAUCCAUACAGUCCACACCUUCACACACACACCCACACACAUCCAUACAGUCCACACCUUCACACACACACACCCACACACAUCCAUACAGUCCAUACCUUCACACACACCCACACACAUCCAUACAGUCCACACCUUCACACACACACACCCACACACACACACACAUCCAUACAGUCCACACCUUCACACACACACCCACCCACAUCCAUACAGUCCACACCUUCACACACACACACCCACACUCAUCCAUACAGUCCACACCUUCACACACACACACCCACACACAUCCAUACAGUCCACACCUUCACACACACACACCCACACACACACAUCCAUACAGUCCACACCUUCACACACACCCACACACAUCCAUACAGUCCACACCUUCACACACACACCCACACACAUCCAUACAGUCCACACCUUCACACACACACACCCACACACACACAUCCAUACAGUCCACACCUUCACACACACACACCCACACACAUCCAUACAGUCCACACCUUCACACACACCCACACACAUCCAUACAGUCCACACCUUCACACACACACACCCACACACACACACACAUCCAUACAGUCCACACCUUCACACACACACCCACCCACAUCCAUACAGUCCACACCUUCACACACACACACCCACACUCAUCCAUACAGUCCACACCUUCACACACACACACCCACACACAUCCAUACAGUCCACACCUUCACACACACACACCCACACACACACAUCCAUACAGUCCACACCUUCACACACACACACACCCACACACAUCCAUACAGUCCACACCUUCACACACACACACCCACACACACAUCCAUACAGUCCACACCUUCACACACACACACCCACACACACACACACAUCCAUACAGUCCACACCUUCACACACACACACACCCACACACAUCCAUACAGUCCACACCUUCACACACACACACCCACACACACCCACACACAUCCAUACAGUCCACACCUUCACACACACACACCCACACACACACAUCCAUACAGUCCACACCUUCACACACACACACCCACACACAUCCAUACAGUCCACACCUUCACACACACCCACACACAUCCAUACAGUCCACACCUUCACACACACACACCCACACACACACACACAUCCAUACAGUCCACACCUUCACACACACACCCACCCACAUCCAUACAGUCCACACCUUCACACACACACACCCACACUCAUCCAUACAGUCCACACCUUCACACACACACACCCACACACAUCCAUACAGUCCACACCUUCACACACACACACCCACACACACACAUCCAUACAGUCCACACCUUCACACACACACACACCCACACACAUCCAUACAGUCCACACCUUCACACACACACACCCACACACACAUCCAUACAGUCCACACCUUCACACACACACACCCACACACACACACACAUCCAUACAGUCCACACCUUCACACACACACACACCCACACACAUCCAUACAGUCCACACCUUCACACACACACACCCACACUCAUCCAUACAGUCCACACCUUCACACACACACACCCACACACACACACACACAUCCAUGCAGUCCACACCUUCACACACACACACACCCACACACAUCCAUACAGUCCACACCUUCACACACACACACCCACACUCAUCCAUACAGUCCACACCUUCACACACACACACCCACACACACACACACAUCCAUACAGUCCACACCUUCACACACACACACCCACACACAUCCAUACAGUCCACACCUUCACACACACACACACCCACACACAUCCAUACAGUCCACACCUUCACACACACACACCCACACUCAUCCAUACAGUCCACACCUUCACACACACACACCCACACACACACACACACAUCCAUGCAGUCCACACCUUCACACACACACACACCCACACACAUCCAUACAGUCCACACCUUCACACACACACACCCACACUCAUCCAUACAGUCCACACCUUCACACACACACACCCACACACACACACACAUCCAUACAGUCCACACCUUCACACACACACACCCACACACAUCCAUACAGUCCACACCUUCACACACACACACACCCACACACAUCCAUACAGUCCACACCUUCACACACACACCCACACUCAUCCAUACAGUCCACGCCUUCACACACACACACCCACACACCCACACACAUCCAUACAGUCCACACCUUCACACACACACACCCACACACAUCCAUACAGUCCACACCGUCACACACCCACACACAUCCAUACAGUCCACACCUUCACACACACCCACACACACCUAUACAGUCCACACCGUCACACCCACACACAUCUAUAGUCCACACCUUCACACACACACCCACACACAUCCAGUCCACACCGUCACACACACACACCCACACACAUCCAUAUAGUCCACACUGUCACACACACACCCACACACAUCCAUACAGUCCACACCUUCUCUCACACACACACGUCCAUACAGUCCACACUUUCACACACACACACCCACACACAUCCAUACGGUCCACACCGUCACACACACACACCCACACACAUCCAUACAGUCCACACCAUCACACACACACCCCCACACACAUCCAUACAGUCCACAUUCACGUAUGCCCAUAUGCAGUCACACGUGUGUACACGUGCUCACACAUACACAUUCAUAGACUCCACACACGUGUGCACACACGCACAUGCUCGCACACACGCACAUGCACACGCAUAGAUACACUGUCACAUCCACACACGCUCAAACAUGCGUGCACACCUGGAGGUGCCCAGAGGGGCAGGGUGGGCAGGACCCCUGCAGCCGCCACACCCCCUGCUCUUGUGGGUAGUUGGGGGCCACUGGGUAUUGCCUCCAUGCCGCGCCCCUCCCCUGGCCGUGCUGUGCACUGCAGACCUGCCUGGGGCUCAGCACCUGUAGGGGCCUGAGGCCAGGGGAGGGAAUGCGGGGCCCCUGGACCCCUGCGGUCGGGGUGGUGAAGCUGCUCUUGCAGAGAGAAGUGGGGAGUGUCUGGCUGCAUCCGGGAGGGAUGGAGGGCUGGGGGAGUUUGGGGGGCGGGGCGCCUCCAGCCCAGGCGUCAGCUGUCCG